GCCCUGUUGCUGUUGGGCGGCAUCGCUCUUUCCUGCCUCGCUCUGGACCUGCUCUUUCUCUUGUUCUACUCGUUUUGGCUGUGCUGUCGCCAUCGGAAGAGUGAAGAACAUCUAAAUGCUGACUGCUGCUGUACGGCGUGGUGUGUCAUCAUCGCAACCCUGGUGUGCAGCGCUGGAAUUGCCGUUGGCUUCUAUGGGAAUGGAGAGACCAGUGACGGCAUUCACCGGCUGACGUACUCGCUACGCCAUGCAAACCGCACCGUGGCAGGUGUCCAAGACCGAGUACUAGAUACCGCAGUGGCCCUGAACCAAACAGUGGAACCAAACUUGCUCAUCCUGGAGGAGAUGUUCACAAAGCAGACAGACUACCUGCAUGUUAUCCAGAAACUGCAAGGUCUUUUGGAUGAUUUGGUGAGGCAAACAACUGAGAUCCCCUUUUGGAAGAAUGAAGAGGUGUCUCUGGAGGAGCUGGCAAUUGAGAUUGACCUCUAUGACUGGUACAGGUGGCUGGCAUACCUGGGCCUGCUCCUCUUCCACGUCCUGAUCUGUUUGCUGGUGCUCUUUGGGCUUAUUAGAAACUCCAGGGCCAUUCUUAUGGGGGUGUGCUUGCUUGGGGUCUUUGCCCUGAUUGUCAGCUGGGGCUCCUUGGGUCUGGAGUUGGCUAUCGCUGUGGGCUCCAGUGACUUCUGUAUUAACCCUGAUGCUUACGUCUCCAAAGUGGUUGAAGAGAACACAGUGCUUAGCGCUGAUACUCUCCGCUAUUACAUUACCUGUAGCGCUGGAUACCCCAACCCUUUCCAGCAGAAGCUGUCAGGAAGUCACAAGGCUCUGGUGGAAAUGCAAGAUGAUGUUACGGAACUCAUGAGGUCAGCAAGCAGAGAGCACCCAACCUCCAAGGAGUAUCUUACUCGGAUCCAGGAGGUUUUAAAUUCAACAGAGAUCAACUUGCAGCAACUGACAGCUUUAGUAGACUGUCGGAGUUUGCAUUUGGAUUACGUCCAGGCUUUGACGGGCUUUUGCUAUGAUGGAGUGGAAGGCCUCAUCUACCUGGUUCUCUUCUCCUUUGUCACAGCCCUCAUGUUCAGUUCCAUUGUGUGCAGCGUCCCACACACUUGGCAGCAAAAGAGAAGCUCAGAUGAUGAUGGGGAAGAAGAAUCAGCUGCUCAAGGGAGUAGACAAACACACGAUAAUCUUUACAGAGUGCACAUGCCCAGCCUCUAUAGCUGUGGGAGUAGUUAUGGCAGUGAGACCAGCAUUCCAGCAGCAGCACACACAGUCAGCAAUGCUCCUGUCACAGAGUACAUGAGCCAGAAUGCAAAUUUCCAGAACCCCCGUUGCGAGAAUACCCCGCUCAUUGGCCGGGAGUCCCCACCUCCCUCAUACACCUCCAGCAUGAGAGCCAAAUACCUCGCCACCAACCAACCUCGUCCAGAUGCUGGCAGUGUGCAUUAAAAUGAAAAAGCAAAAAAA